ACCUUAUUUCGUGUUUUCUAGCCACAACGAUGAAAUUUUUACUUGUUCUGUCAGUGAUUAUUGCUGCUGCUUGCGCAGCUCCACAAUUCGGUGGUGGUUUCGGUGGAAGUGCCGCUAACGCUGGUGCUUCAUCGCAAACUUUCAAUCAAGGCGGUGGUGGAUUUGGUGGACACCCAGGAUUCGGUGGUGGUGGAUUCGGAGCUUCAGGGGCUUCUUCCAAUGCUGCUGCUAGCACACAAUCCUUCAACCAAGGUGGUGGCGGUUUCAGCCCAUAUGGUGGUGGUGGUGGAUUCGGUGCUUCAGGUUCAGCUGCUCAAGCCGGUGCUUCAUCUCAAACCUUCAAUCAAGGUGGUGGCGGAUUCGGAGGAUUCCAUGGCUAAACAAAUUUAUGAUGAAAUCUUACUGCAUUAAAUUAAGUUUUCUCAUUGUUUUGUAAGCAAUCUGUAAUGUCAUCCAAUUCGAAAAAGAGAAUAUAAAAUUUUUUAACAAUAUCAUUUGUAAAAUA